AUGUCAGAUGCACAGUACGACAUUCCUCGAGGAGCCUACCUUCAGGGUGGCUACAACACUGCGCUCACCCAACGUCUGCAAGCCGAGCGACAUCUGACAAAAGAUAUGCUCAUGUAUCCCAUCUUCCUCACCGACGAUCCCGAAGCAGAAGUCACUAUCGCUAGCUUGCCUGGCCAGAAAAGAUGGGGUAUCAACAAGUUGCACGGCUUCCUGGAGCCACUCGUCCGCAAGGGCUUACGCAGUGUCAUUCUCUUUGGCGUGCCGCUCAAGGCGCAAAAGGACUAUCGAGGCACGCCAGCUGACGAUCAAGAAGGACCUGUCAUACAAGGCGUCAAGCUCAUCAGAUCGAGCUUUCCGGACGUCACUGUUUCGUGCGACGUCUGCCUGUGCGAGUAUACAGACCACGGUCAUUGCGGUCUGCUUCGUGAUGACGGCACGAUCGAUCCGCCUCCUUCGGUAGCGAGGAUAGCAGAGGUUGCGCUGGCCUACGCGGAAGCCGGUGCACAUAUGGUCGCACCCUCUGACAUGAUGGAUGGUCGAAUCGGCGCAAUCAAAGACUAUCUCACUCGAUCCGGCUACGGAAAUCGAUGUUGCCUCAUGGCCUACUCUGCCAAAUUUGCGAGCGGAUGCUACGGUCCCUUCAGAGAAGCAGCCGGCUCUGUUCCGAAUUUUGGCAACCGAAGAUGCUACCAGCUGCCGCCGAAUGCUCGCGGUCUGGCCAAACGUGCUCUACUACGAGAUGCUUCAGAGGGCGCAGACAUUCUGAUGGUUAAGCCGGCCACACCCUAUCUCGACAUAUUAGCAGAAGCGCGAAUCAUCACACCCAACCAUCCACUGGCUUGCUACCAAGUGUCUGGCGAGUUUGCGAUGGUCCAUGCGGGCGCGAGGGCAGGUGUCUUUGAUCUCAAGCAGAUGGCAUUCGAGACGGUCGAGGGAAUGCUUCGUGCUGGCGCGACACUCGUGCUCACCUACUUCACGCCAGACUUCCUGGAGUGGCUCGACGAACCACGAUGA